CAUCCGCUCUAAACAACCUCAUCAAAACUUCUUUCUGGUCAGAGCGAAGCAAUAAUUAUUAUUAGCAAUUAUUAGCGAUCAAUAAUCUUGAUCACAUUAUGGCAAGCACUAUUAAGGAAGCAUUAUCGGUGGUGAGCGAAGACCAGUCCCUGUUCGAGUGUGCCUACGGAUCACCCCACCUCGCCAAGACAGAGAUGACGGCCUCCUCCUCCAGUGAAUAUGGGCAGACCUCAAAGAUGAGCCCACGUGUCCCCCAGCAGGACUGGUUGUCACAGCCCCCCGCCAGAGUCACCAUCAAGAUGGAGUGUAACCCCAACCAGGUUAACGGGUCAAGGAAUUCUCCUGACGACUGCAGCGUGGCAAAAGGAGGGAAGAUGGUCAGCAGCUCAGACAGUGUUGGGAUGAACUAUGGAAACUACAUGGAAGAGAAGCACGUUCCACCCCCAAACAUGACCACCAAUGAACGAAGAGUCAUCGUGCCAGCAGACCCCACAUUAUGGAGCACGGACCACGUGCGCCAGUGGCUGGAGUGGGCGGUGAAGGAGUACGGGCUCCCGGACGUGGACAUCCUGCUGUUCCAGAACAUCGAUGGGAAGGAGCUCUGCAAAAUGACCAAAGAUGACUUCCAGAGGCUCACCCCAAGCUACAACGCAGACAUCCUCCUGUCACACCUACACUACCUCAGAGAGACUCCUCUUCCACAUUUGACUUCAGAUGAUGUUGAUAAGGCCUUACAAAACUCUCCACGGUUAAUGCAUGCUAGAAACACAGGAGGUGCCACUUUUAUUUUUCCAAAUACAUCAGUUUAUCCAGAGGCAACACAAAGAAUUACAACCAGGCCAGAUUUGCCUUACGAGCAAGCCAGGAGAUCAGCAUGGACGAGUCACACCCACCCCAGUCCUCAGUCAAAAGCUACUCAGCCAUCAUCCUCAACAGUUCCCAAAACAGAAGACCAGCGUCCUCAGUUAGAUCCUUAUCAGAUACUCGGACCGACCAGCAGCCGACUUGCAAAUCCAGGGAGCGGGCAGAUCCAGCUGUGGCAGUUCCUGCUGGAGCUCCUCUCGGACAGCUCCAACUCCAACUGCAUCACCUGGGAGGGCACCAAUGGGGAGUUCAAGAUGACGGACCCCGACGAGGUGGCCCGGCGCUGGGGCGAGCGCAAGAGCAAACCCAACAUGAACUAUGACAAACUCAGCCGCGCCCUCCGCUACUACUACGACAAGAACAUCAUGACCAAGGUGCACGGCAAGCGCUACGCCUACAAAUUCGACUUCCACGGCAUCGCCCAGGCCCUCCAGCCUCACCCCCCGGAGUCAUCCAUGUACAAAUACCCGUCAGACCUCCCCUACAUGAGCUCCUACCACGCGCACCCCCAGAAGAUGAACUUUGUGGCCCCCCACCCCCCUGCUCUGCCCGUGACAUCGUCGAGCUUUUUCGCCGCCCCGACCCCCUACUGGAAUUCGCCAACUGGAGGGAUCUACCCCAACACCAGGCUGCCAGCUGCUCACAUGCCUUCUCAUCUUGGCACCUACUAC